AUGGGACCAUCCGGCUACAUAUGGGACCAUUCGGACUGCAUAUGGACCAUUCGGACUGCAUAUGAGACCAUCCGGCUGCAUAUGGGACCAUCCGGCUACAUAUGGGACCAUUCGGACUGCAUAUGGACCAUUCGGACUGCAUAUGAGACCAUCCGGCUGCAUAUGGGACCAUCCGGCUACAUAUGGGACCAUUCGGACUGCAUAUGGGACCAUCCGGCUGCAUAUGAGACCAUCCGGCUGCAUAUGGGACCAUCCGGCUACAUAUGGGACCAUUCGGACUGCAUAUGGGACCAUCCGGCUGCAUAUGGGACCAUCCGGCUACAUAUGGGACCAUUCGGACUGCAUAUGGGACCAUCCGGCUGCAUAUGGGACCAUCCGGCUACAUAUGGGACCAUUCGGGUCCAUAUGGGACUAUUCGGACUGCAUAUAUGA